AACUUUGAAAGAAGAAAGCGUGAAAGAUAAAGCAAAACCCUAUGAAACUAAAAUUUCAGACAUAAAGUGAGAGAGAUAACAGUGCAUCAAUGGCUCUAGGAAUCUCAAACAUUCUGCACUGCCCCAAAUUGAGUUUCUCCCACAGCAAUCUCCGUCCCAAAGUUUCAACCUCUCUCAGGUUUCCCCAGACAGCAACAUGGAGUGAUAGAAAGAUUGUCUGUGCUGCUGCAUCUGCGGCAGGGAGCUCUAAUUCCGAUGGUGACUUUAAUCCUUAUGAGGUGCUAGGUGUAAGCCCUCUUGAGAAAUUUGACAUGGUCAAGGCAGCAUAUGCAAAAAGAAAGAAGGAAGCUGAGAUGAAGGGCGAUGAAGCAACUGCUUCCAGACUGGAAAAGGCAUAUGACAAACUCAUGAUGGCUCAGUUGACUAAUCGGAAAAAAGGUGUAACUUUUGGAUCAUUUAAGGUUUCAAAGGAGAUUAAGUAUGCUGACAAGCAGCCAAUUCUACCUUGGGGGCCAAGGUUUACUAAAUCAAGUCAAAAUGACACACGCAUAAACUUGGCAAUAUCAGCUGUUUUUACAGCAUGGAUCCUUGUCAAGCGCAGUGCUGAAUAUAAACCUUUGCAGUUUUUAGCCUUUGCCUUUGUUUAUAGGCUUUUUGAGAAGUUAAAAGCCUUUGAAUCUCCUGUAACCCGCAUAUAUAAUGAAGAGGGUGAAGACACCGGAGAAGGAUUGCGCAUGGGGAAAAGACUGCUCCGAGCACUGGCUUUGGUUUUUGGAUGUGUAGCAAUUUCAUCUUUGGCAUAUACUUUUAUUUUGAACAUAAUUGAGUUUGCAGGUGGUUUUAUUCCUGCUCUUUUGUACAACAAUCAGGAAUUGGUAAUCACCACUUCAUCGGCAGUGAUGCUUUAUAUCAUGGCAUCUUAUUAUAGAUAGUGGAGCUUGUCUUGAAGACGAAGAAGACGAAGAAAACACGCAUCGUCAUCAUCCAUUUUUAUCUUUUUUCGCUCAUUUCUUGCUUUUGUUCCUCACUAGUGUUAGCUCAAAUUUUGUCAAAAGAGAAGUACUUUUUCCUUGUUUUAAUAUAGCAGGAAUUGUGUUAACUUUCUUAUGCUACUUUUUACUUUUUU